AUGGAUAAAAAUGAAAAGGAAUCAUUGACGGCCAAAGACGAAUCUAGUGUUGACGAAGUUUACCCGACUCUACAAGAUUUGAGUGUGCUUCGCAAGGUUUCGGAUCAGAUUCCUGUCGUUGUGUGGUUCAUAAUAACUUGUGAAUUGUGUGAAAGAUUUACCUUUUACGGUGUCUCCGGACCAUUCCAGAAUUACAUACAAUUCCCGGUGCCAACGGAAGAAGAUGGACAGCCUGGUGCAAUUGGAGCGGGACAACAAGUGGCGACAUCGUUGUCGCUGUUUUUCCAAUUCUUCUGUUAUACGACGCCGAUCAUGGGUGCAAUCGUGGCCGAUAAAUAUCUAGGGAGAUAUAAGACCAUCUUAAUAUUUUCUUUUGUCUACGUGGUUGGAUUGGCCGUAUUGACGGUGACGGCAAUUCCUCCGGCCAUAGCAGCCAAACUUUCUUUGCCAGGAUUGUUGGUGGCCAUGAUAAUAAUUGGGCUAGGAACCGGAGGGAUUAAGCCAAACGUAUCACCGAUGUCGGCUGAUCAAUACACGAAAACUCGAGCAUUCGUUAGGACCUUGAGUUCUGGUGAAAGGGUAAUCGUCGAUCCAGACAUUACCAUACAGUCAAUCAUCCAUUACUAUUACUUGGCUAUCAACAUUGGAUCCCUUUCGGUCCUUAUUACCACUUACGUUGAGAAAUAUCAUUCAUUCUGGUUGGCUUAUCUCAUACCUCUCAUAAUAUUUCUCUUUGCCAUCACCGUAUUAGUCCUCGGUCAGGAUAAAUACGUCAAGAAGGAGCCCCAAGGUUCUGUGCUAUUUGACUUUGUCCAUGUGCUUUGGAUAGCUCUCGUGAAUCAAAAAAAUUUGGAGAACGCAAAACCUUCGAAUAUGACGGAAGAACAAUUGAAAAGGAGAAAAGUUACAUGGGGCGAUGAAUUCGUGGAACAGUCCAGAAUAGGGCUGCAAGCCAUAAAAGUUUUCUCAUUUUUUCCAUUUUACUGGGUCUGCUAUGCACAGAUCUACAAUAAUUUAAUAUCACAGGCCGCCACCAUGGAUGUUGGUUCCAUACCCAACGACAUAAUGUAUAACUUCGACACCGUGACCUUGAUUAUAUUGACGCCACUGGCCAAUAACGUCCUGUAUCCAACUUUACGGAGAUGUAAUGUGAGAUUUGGGUACAUGGCUAGAUUCUUUUUAGGGUUCAUGCUUAUUUCCGUUGCCAUGUUUUACUCGGCGUAUGUUCAACAUGCUAUUUAUGAUGCAUCGCCAAAACUGAUUUCCGUGUGGAUGCAAACUCCAUCCUAUAUUUUGGUCGGAACUUCCGAAGUGCUACUAAGUAUUUCAGCUCUGACUUAUGCUUACCAGAUGGCCCCUGAUGCAUUAGAAUCCACGUUGACGGCUAUUUACCUGUUAACCAUUGGACUAGGAAAUCUACUAGGUAACAUUAAUCAUGUCGCUCUUUUUCGUACGGCGACCAUACAUCUAAUGAUUUCUUUACUUGCAAUUCGCGAUGCAGGAUUUGCAUUUGUACCAAUUUCCAAGGAUCCAUAUCUCGUGAUCAUGUAUUCAUCCCUGGGGGCUUUAGCAUUUAUCGUCGGAUGUCUCAUGUAUUGGUCGUUCAGGCAUUUUGACUCCGAAAACGAGAAAGACGAAAAGCGGAAGAAUGACGAAGAGAUUAUAACCGAGUAG